GCAGCGGCGGCACCGUUCAUGUCCUAACGGCGGCAGCGUUCAUGUCCUAACGGCGGGCGAGGCGGGGCCCCUCCAUGCGGGGGCCGCGGUGCCGCAGCGCUCUGGCCGCCCUCGCCUUGUUGGUGCUGUUCUGGGUAGCGGCGGGAGGCCCGGAGCUGCCGCCCGGCCAUGCCGCGGCUGUGGAGGCCGCUUUCGGGUUGGGAGCGGCCGCCGCUCCCGCCGCUUUACCGGCCGGUUCUGCUGACGUGACGGUGGAGGACGAUGAGGCCGGUGUGGCCCCCGCUGCCCCCGGCGAGCAGGAGCCUGAGGAGAGCGGAGAGGCCCGGACCGGCGGCAGAUCUCUUGUAAUUAUCAGCACUUUGGAUGGACGAAUUGCUGCACUGGAUCCAGAGAACAGUGGGAGAAAACAGUGGGAUCUGGAUGUGGGAUCAGGUUCUCUUGUGUCAUCCAGUCUCAGUAAACCAGAGGUAUUUGGAAAUAAGAUGAUAAUCCCUUCCUUGGAUGGGGACCUUUUCCAGUGGGAUCGGGAUCGAGAGAGCAUGGAAGCAGUUCCUUUCACAGUAGAAUCUCUUCUCGAGUCAUCCUACAAAUUUGGUGAGGAUGUUGUUUUAGUUGGAGGAAAGUCUUUGACCACCUAUGGGCUGAGCUCAUACUCAGGGAAGGUGAAGUACAUCUGCUCAGCCAUGGGCUGUCGCCGGUGGGAUGACGAUGAAACGGAGCAGGAAGAGACGCUUCUAUUGCAGCGGACCCAGAAAACUGUCCGUGCUGUAGGACCACGCAGUGGCAAUGAAAAGUGGAAUUUCAGUGUUGGUCACUUUGAGCUGCGCUACGUCCCAGAUAUUGAAACCAGAGCGGGAUAUAUUGAGAGCAACUUUAAACCAAAUAUGAACAAAGAAGAAACAAAAAUAAUUUCAGAUGUGGAUGAGCAGGAAGCUAUGAUGAAAGAUACAGUGAUAAAGGUCUCAGUAGCUGACUGGAAGGUGAUGGCUUUUAACAGGAGAGGAGGACAUCUGGAGUGGGAAUACCAGUUUUGCACUCCAAUUGCUUCUGCAUGGCUGCUUAAGGAUGGCAAAGUAAUUCCAAUUAGUCUGUUUGAUGACACAAGUUAUACUGCUAACAAUGAAGUAUUGGAAGAUGAAGAAGAUCUUGUGGAAGCUGCCAGAGGGGCCACAGAAUCCAGUGUCUAUUUGGGUAUGUAUAGGGGCCAGUUGUAUCUUCAGUCAUCAGUCAGAAUUUCUGAGAAAUUCCCAACCAACCCAAAGGCUCUGGAAUCCAGGAACGAUAAUGCAAUUAUUCCUCUUCCCAAAAUCAAAUGGAAGCCUUUAAUCCAUUCUCCUUCCAGGACACCAGUGCUGGUGGGGUCUGAUGAGUUUGACAAGUGUCUCAGCAAUGACAAGUAUUCUCAUGAAGAGUACAGUAAUGGAGCACUCUCAGUUCUGCAGUAUCCUUAUGAUAAUGGUUAUUACUUACCUUAUUACAAGAGAGAGAGAAGCAAACGGAGCAACCAGAUCACUGUUAGAUUUUUUGAUGAUACAAAUUACAAGAAUAUUCGCAAAAAAGAUCCUGUUCUUCUGCUUCACUGGUGGAAAGAAAUUGUUGGAACCAUUCUCUUCUGCAUUGUGGCCACAACUUUUAUCGUACGCAAACUUUUCCAUCCUCAUCCUUACAGCAGACUGCGGAAGGAAUCUGAAACACAGUGUCAGACUGAUAGUAAAUACGAGCCCACUUGUGGGGAUGUUAAAGACAGCAGCUGGAGUGAUGUCAAGAACUCUGGAUACGUGUCAAGAUAUCUGACAGAUUUUGAACCCAUUCAGUGUCUGGGUCGUGGAGGCUUUGGAGUAGUUUUUGAAGCCAGAAAUAAAGUGGAUGAUUGCAACUAUGCUAUCAAAAGGAUCCGUUUACCUAACAGGGAGCUGGCUCGUGAGAAGGUGAUGAGGGAAGUCAAGGCUUUGGCCAAACUCGAGCACCCGGGAAUUGUGCGGUAUUUCAACGCCUGGCUGGAAGCUCCACCUGAGAGGUGGCAGGAGAAGAUGGAUGAGCAGUGGUUAAAAGAUGAAAGCAUUGAUUGGCCACUCAGUUCUCCCAGUCCGAUGGACGUCCCCUCCUUUAAGAUCAGAACAGAACCAUUUUGUACAAAGGAGCACAUUGAAGUUAUUGCCACCUCAUCGGAGAGGGUCAGGUCUGUGGGAAUACCCUGUAGUCAGUUUGAUUCAUCUGGAAGCCAGUUUGCUCCUCUGGAAUUUUCUGCCACAGACAACAGGGACUUACACCAGUCAGAAGAUCUGCUAUUAAACCUUCAGGACAGUGUCCUUACAGGCUGUGACAUGGAAGACAGCACUGACAACAAUAACAAGCUGGGUCACUCCUUGGAAAUUUGUUCUUCAGCUGCUCCUGUUGUACACCUUAGGGAAGGGACUUCCUCUUCUAUUGUGUUUGAGGAUUCUGGUUGUGGAAAUGCUUCUAGUAGAGAAGAUAAAGUUGAUGUUUCACAUAAUGAGAGUCUUUCUGAGGAUAAGGCAAAAAGUACAAAUGAAUCUGAUAAGAAAUCUGCUUCAGGAAGUCCCCUCUCUGUUUCUCCACCAAGGCCAACAAGUUUAAGCCUGGACCUUUCUAAAAAUAUUGCAGAAAAAGUCAAGCCCACCUCUCCAAAGGUUUAUCUUUACAUUCAGAUGCAGCUCUGCCGGAAAGAGAACCUUAAAGACUGGAUGAGCAGAAGAUGCACGAUAGAGGAGAGAGAAAGGACAGAGUGUCUGCAGAUAUUUCUGCAGAUAGCUGAAGCAGUUGACUUUCUGCAUAGCAAAGGAUUAAUGCACAGGGAUCUCAAGCCCUCCAAUAUAUUUUUCACAAUGGAUGACAUAGUAAAGGUUGGGGAUUUUGGACUGGUAACAGCUAUGGACCAAGAUGAGGAGGAGGAAUCAGUACUUACCCCAAUGCCAGCUUAUGCCAGGCACACAGGACAAGUAGGGACCAAGCUCUACAUGAGCCCAGAACAGAUCUGUGGGAACACGUAUUCGCACAAAGUGGAUAUCUUUUCUUUGGGACUGAUUCUCUUUGAGCUGCUUUACCCUUUCAGCACACAGAUGGAGAGAGUCAGGACUCCUCUGUUGUCAAGCCAAGUAAGUGAAACUACUGAACUAGAAUAUCCAAGAACUCAAGCAACAAAUAGAGCUUGUGACUUGAAGCCUACCAGCUUGGUUUUCAUUCAAGAAUGGAAACCAUGAUGUGCAUUUUUAUAAUUUCUUCCUUUGUCUGCAACUGUGGUGCUUUUUCACCCAAAGCACUUAGUGAAAAAUUGCUGUUCCUUUUCCUGUAGUAAGUUCUAGCUGUGAGUCUCAGCCCCAAGCAGGGUCUUCCCUGUAGCUGAUGACAUUCAUUGCAUCCAGAGUGAAUUUGGGAGGUUUGAUAGUGCAUUACAACUCUUCCUUGCUGUCAAAGUGCAUGUGAGAUCCAUCCUGCUCAGGAACAAGUUCAUAGAGAACAGGAGAGAAGUUUUUCCUCUUGUGCAUGGUGACCAGUGACCUAUGCAGGAAAGAAAGAGUCAUUAUAAUUUGUAUUUAUCAUUUAUAUGUGCUCAAAGAAUUAACUUCUCAAGUGGAAAUGGACUGGUUUUAGCAGAAGUGUGAGAAACAGCUUGAAUCACACCAUGAACACAGCCUGACCAAGUGCUCUGCCUAUGGUGGUGUUGCAUUCUCUUGCUUAAGAUGCUCUGGGUUUUUUUGGUACAAAAGAGUGUAGUUUAGAGGAGGAAUGGCAGUGCUUAAUUUGAACCCCUUGCACUGAUACCAGUUUCAUUUUUCCUAAAUAAAAUCAGUUUUACUGAGACACACACCCAAUAAAGAGCUAUCCUGCAUUCGCAAGAUCUCCUGCAGCAGAGAUGACAAACUCUGCCCUUCCAGUUUCUGUCCUGAGUACAGAAGCAAGAAGCAAAGCAAGUAAUCAGAGUGAAUCCUAAACUGCAUUUCAUUCUGAUGCUUUACUUCUUAGGGGGGUAAAACCAGUGCUCUAACUUCCCAUCACUUUCACUGUCAUUCCACUCUUUUUUAAAAAAUCCAGAAGAAACCCCCACCCCUUUCUGGGCCAAGUUCUGGGGUGUAGCUACUUGAGUAGUUGUUUCUGAGCUGUUACACUGAAUUUUUCGUUGGCAUCAGCAAAGCAUUAGCACUACUUGCUGAAGCAAAACAUGUUCUGCCUGACCAAGCAGCCCAGCAAAUUCUAAGAAUCUGUGACAAAGGGCUGGAAAAAUCCCCAGAGGUGGAGCAUGAGACCUGCCUCUGUCUCAAGCUGUUAGCAGUUAGUCUGGCAGUGCAAUUUAUUUCUAAAUUAGAUGUUUGAAAACAGAUCACUAAAUGCAGACUGAAUUGGUAGAGAAAGAACAAUUACAUAAAACAUCUUAUUGUCCUGAAACUCAGUUCUCUUGAACAGGAAUUUGACUUGCCCAUCACUCUUAAUGUCAGUGUUCAGUGGAAUAAUAAUUAAUUGAAUUUAGUUUUAAUUGUAGAAUUCUUAACUUUGUGCUCAAAAUUUUGCAAAAGGAAAUCCUUCAGAAAAGAAAUUAAGUGCUAGAUAUUGUCCUUCAGCACUAAAAACAUGUUUAAGGGGUCAUGGGUUGCUGGCAAUUACAGAACUUAAAUACAUAAGGUAGCCUGGUAACCUGCUGCAAGUAAUUGUGUGGCUGGGCAUGGGAAAAUUAGUGUCACUAGAUGGAGCCAAUGUGCUUGUUAUGGAGGAAACACCGAUGAAGACCAGGUUCCUUGUGAGGACACAGAAAUAAACAACCUAACUGCCAUAAAUCUGGUCAUUACUCCAUAAACAUUGAAUGAAGACUAGUGCUUACUUAAGAGCCAGUCAUUUCAUGUGUCUUCAAACUGGGAUAGGUGAUCUUGUGGAUUAUGGGUUGGUGCAUGGAUUCGUUGACUUUGUUGAGCCAAAGUGAGAAAGUCUGAAGUUUGUGUAUCUGGCUGAGAUCAGAGUUCUUGUAACAUGACCCGAGAGCAGGCUUUUUACCUAGGGAAGCAGCAACUUGCCCAUUUAAGUAUGUUUGGAUUUUUAACCACUAAAGCAAAACUUUGUUUAAUGUUUGGGUUUUUUUGCCAUCAGGCUGAUUUUUUUACAUAGUUGGUAUAUUUUUAAAAAGCAUAAAUAAUAGAGUAAUGCUCAUGAAGAACUGUGUUUGGGAAAAGUUAUGUGUUUUUCUUAAUAUUU